UUCCAGGUGUUCGUGUUCGAUGUGGGAAAGGAAACCUGGAAAUCCUACGACUGGUCAAAAAUCACAACCGUGGCAGCUUUCGGGAAGUACGAUCCUGAGCUCAUGUGCUAUGCUCACUCUAAAGGCUCCAGGAUAGUACUGAAAGGUGAUGUACCUCUUAAGGAAAUUGUUGAUCCUGCUAAAAGAACGGCAUGGAUAUCCCAACAGGUGGACCUUGCAAAAAACCAGCAUAUGGAUGGAAUUAACAUAGAUAUAGAGCAAGAAGUUAAUGAAACCUCCCCUGAGUAUCAUGCAUUAACAGAGCUUGUUAAAGAAACUACAGAUGCUUUUCACAGAGAAAUACCAGGAUCACAGGUAACAUUUGAUGUGGCUUGGUCUCCAGCAUGCAUAGAUAAAAGGUGCUACAACUACACUGGAAUUGCAGACGCCUGUGACUUUUUAUUUGUGAUGUCCUAUGAUGAACAGAGCCAGAUCUGGACAGACUGUAUUGCAAAAGCCAAUGCUCCUUACCUGCAGACUUUAGUUGGAUAUGAAGAGUACAUUACUAUGGGCAUUGAUCCGAAGAAACUGGUGAUGGGCGUCCCUUGGUACGGGUAUGACUAUGUCUGCCAAAACCUAUCUAAGGAUCAUGUUUGUUCCCUUUCCAAAGUACCUUUCCGUGGGGCUCCUUGCAGUGAUGCUGCAGGGCGUCAGGUCCCCUACGGAGCAAUAAUGAAGCAGGUGAACAGUUCUCUUUCAGGGGUGCUGUGGGAUGAGGUACAGAAAUCUCCAUUUUAUGAAUACAAGGAUUCUCUUGGUCACUUCCACCAAGUAUGGUAUGAUGACCCCCGCAGCAUCUCUCUAAAAGCAGCAUAUGUGAAGAGUCGAGGUUUAAGGGGCAUUGGCAUGUGGAAUGGAAAUAGUCUUGACUAUUCCAGGGAAGCUGUAGCGGAACAACAAACUGAAGCAAUGUGGCAAGCCCUGACACCGUAAGAACCAUGUGAACCCUUGAUUUAGAAUGAUGAAAAUUGGUAUUUUUUUUUUAUCAUGGCUUAUACUAUCAUAGAUUUUGACUUUAUAUAAAUACACUGUGAUUACAAAAACUUUGAGAACUAGCCGAAUUCAUCUUGUUAUUUUGUAUGCAAAGCUGUAUUUUCAUUCUUCAAGAAUUCCAAUGUUGCUUUAGCAGCAUUUUUUUCUAAAAGACUGCUCAUCUUUUUAAUUUUUCACAACUACCAUAAGUUGGUUAAAGCUUGAACCCAGCGUGUAUCUGGUAACAAGUAGGACCAAGUGGAUUUACAGGAGCAAUAAUGGUCCUCUGCUGGCGGAGCAGAGGCUGCCUGGUGGAGCCAGUAUUUAUUCUGGGGUCACACGCUGCAGUCGCAGCUUUCUGACUUCCCACCCCAACCUAUAUUUUAGCUAAGUCACUUUGAAUCAGAUUAAACACAGAACACUGGAGAGACAGAUUGUUGCUUACAUGCAACUUGGUGAAACUUGUGUUUGUACUUGGUUACUCUUUUAGAGAUUAAAGUGUUUUAUAGACUGAAGAAAUUAUAUAACAUGAAGUAGUUGCCAUUCAGAUUUUUAUCAGACUUGUUGUUAGAAAGGAAUAUUCAGUAAACUGCAAUUUCACUUUGUUUAUAUAUCAUGUAAAUUCCUUAGUUUCAAAAGCCAAAAAUCUUGGCCCUUAUCUUGAAGAGAGAACAUUAAUAGUGAGAGGACUUGGAUGAUGUUUUCUUCCAUUUUGAACUUCUUUACUUCCUGAAAACUAGAACUCCGAAGCUUAUUUAAUGAACUGCAUAUGUAU